CUCGUGGAUGAAGAACCGUGCAUAUUAAUUAAGCGCUUCACGUUUAAUUAAAACAAUUAAAAUAGAAAAUAUAUUUUGUAUAAUUUAACAAAAUGGUUUACAGUGUCAACGAGAAGAAGUUGAGUGUAUUUAGUGCGCGUUAUCGAUGGCAGGUCAUAGCCACAAUGACAGUCCACAUCAUGACGCUUACACAUGGUGUUGGCGUCGGUUGGUUGGCGCCAUCUCUGCCACUUCUGGGCUCCGAGGAGACUCCACUGGGUACAUCCAUCAGCAUUGAUGAGGCCUCCUGGGUGGGUUCAUUGAUCGGACUGGGUGCGCUGACGGGCAAUAUAAUCUUUGGCCUAUUGCUGGAUCGACUCGGCCGCAAAAUGUGCAUGUACCUGUUGGCCAUUCCCAAUAUGAUCUAUUGGAUUCUUAUCUAUUCGGCUCAAGAUGUGACGUAUCUAUAUGCUGGACGAUUUCUAGCCGGCGUGUCGGGUGGCGGCUGUUAUGUGGUUUUACCCAUAUUUGUAGCUGAAAUAUCCGAUAAUAAUAUACGCGGCGCAUUAUCGUCCAUGGCCAUGAUGUAUGUUAGCUUUGGCAUGAUUAUCGGCUUUACCAUGAGCUCCUAUCUCAGUUACUAUCUUAUGCCUUGCAUUGCCAUUGCCCUGCCAGUUAUAUAUCUGUUGGCCAUCAUCGGCUUAUCAGAGACGCCACAAUACUUGCUGCGACAAGGCCGUGAUGCCCAGGCCGAGAAGUCAUAUUACUUCUAUAAGAAUCUGCCAGUAUUGGACUCAGAUAAUGAGUCAGCUCAACGUGAGACGGCUAAAAUUGAGUUCGAGACGUUUCGACAACAAGUGCUCAGCGGCGGAGUCAGGCAACGUGUCAACUGGACAGAUUUCUUUAAUUGGCCCACAUUGAAGAUCUUUGGGCUCAAUUUUACGCUGCUCGUGUGCAAUCAGCUGUCGGGCAGCUUUGCUCUUUUCAACUACACUUCGCACAUAUUCAAACAGCUAGAGACGCAAAUAGAGGCGAAUACCUGCACCAUUGUGGUAGGUGCAGCUCAAGUCCUGGGUAUUUUGUGUGCCGUUGCACUUGUGGACCGCCUGGGACGCCGUGUCAUGUUGCUCACCUCCAUGGCGGGCAUGGGCAUUGGCGAGUUGUGUAUUGCUCUGCUCGCAAAUCUGGCUUCAAAGGAGUUUCUGGCUGAGGUCAAUUGGCUGUCGUUAUUGUUGAUGUGCUGGGUGGCAUUUAUAGCGUCCAUAGGUGUCAUACCGCUGAUCUUUGUUAUUGUCAUCGAACAACUGCCGGCCAAGAUUCGCUCCAUUGGCACCUCUCUAUGCAUGGCUACACUGAGCUGCUUCAUUUUCGUCUCCCUCAAGAUUUAUCCACUUAUGAUCUUUGGCCCUGGUCUGGCAGCCACCAUGUAUAUGUCGGCCGGUGUGUGCGCCAUUGGAUUUACCAUAUUGGGACUAUUCCUGCCGGAGACCAAAGGCAAACUGCUGACAAACUAAUUAUUGUUGUUUGUGCUGUUGUCGCGUCUCUCUUUGUGUAUGGGACGCGUGUGAAAACUUAAGAUGACUUGAGCUUGGCAUUAGGUCCACUGGAACACGCCAAAACGUCGCUUUUGUAUCAGCGACUCAUUGCA